GAAGUUUAUAAUAUGACUGAGGACAUCUACCCUUUGUUCGGAUGGGACGACCCUGUUCCGAACGAAUUCAAAGAGAUCUUCUCCAAAUGCGCCAAUGAGUCAGACUCCCGAAAGUGUAGUAGCACAUUAGAAGAAUCCUUAAUAGUGGACGAGGAUUACGAGAUAAUUGGAAGGAGCCAAAAUGAAAAUUCAAUCUGCCCGCUCUGCUACCAAACUGUGCAAUUAGGUCACACACAAUUGUACUCCAAUCUCCUUUCCCAGUACUUUGAUGUCCACACUCAAUGCGCCCUCACUUGCAAACAUAAAACAGCAUAACUUGCCCUCUUAACAGAUUCAAUCUAGCAUGCGCAAAUUAUGGAACGAGUCCCAGUAGACUACGACCUCUUGGAUCUGAACGUCAAAGUCUUCGUGGAAUUCAGAAUAUUUCACACCGUCGCACAACAACCCUACCUCAACCUCACACAUUCCACCACACUCAAAUAGAAGAAGAACACAUCCAUCCUAAUCGAUUACGCAAAUCUGAGAGAGUACUUCGGAAAAAGACAAAAACACCUUGUCCCAUUGUUGCAAGGCCGCAUUCAAAUCGACGUUCACAUCAUGGAUAGCAAUCUCAUGCAAGAAGCCAAGAAUGUCCACACCUAUGAAUUCUACUACAAUGCAAGCAAAGUCACCAGCGAUUACAUCUGCAUCGGGGUAUGAUGACAGUAUGCAUCUCCAUGUAACUAGAAGAAGAACACAAUCAACCACAAUUGUGCUUGAAGUCACUCCAAAUCAACUUGUCUCCAGACAUAGCCAAACAACUCACCAAACAAUCACCCAUAUCCUCCCCUGUUGUUGAUUCAUUCCUCUUCUCACCAAAAACACGCAUUUUCACACCUCAAGUUGGACCUGUUCAACAAAGAGUCCGUUUUCAAUCAUUCCAAUUGGAAGAAUAAACACAACCAGAUGAAUGGAC